AAACUUUCAGCUUUUAUACAAUAACGAAGUUCUGGCACGCGCUGGUUCUUAGUAUAAAACCGGUUGCCUUUGUGUAUUAAUUACUUAGAUUAGGUUAGGAUACCUAAUCAAAGAUUUUUCGUGGAUUCAAAGAUCACAAUGUUCAACACAUUUCUAGUGUUACCCGUUGUCAUUUUACGUUUGACAGCAGCUGUUUUGUGAUUUUUUAGCACAGCUCUUUGCUAUUGAUCUGUGGUGGUGACCAUGCCUUGAGUUGUUAGCUAAAAAUUGUAAUAAAAGCUAAGUAAGGAAAAUUAAAAUUUUCAAAAUCUUAGAAAUGCGUUGCUGUGUGCCCUUCUGCAAAACCACUGCGGAGGUCGUCUCCGAAUCCGAGGAGAUUACAUUUCACGAGUUCCCCAGCGAAGUGCAUCUCCGAGCUGCUUGGCUCAGAGCCCUCGGCAAACAAGACACUCUCCUGCCAGAGCGUGCUGUGGUCUGCUCGCAGCAUUUUCUAAACGAUGACAUUUAUGAAACAGAAAGUGGCUCAAGGCGGAUUCGUACUGGUGCUGUCCCCUCACCAGUGCUGGUCUGCAUGAUAUGCCUGGACACUCGCAGCAAGCUGUUUCUGAUGAGUAAAUACAAGCUGGAAGAAGCAUAUGAACAUUUAGUGGGACAUCCUUUGUGUGGUCAAGGAAAGCUCCAACCAACGCUUUGUGUGCAAUGUGCCCAGAGACUGGUGAACUUUAGCACAUUCAGAGACAAGAGCUUGAGAGCGCGCUCCCUGAUGAUGGAGCUACUUGACAGACAUGAAGUGAUAACAAUACGACACGUCAAAUUGAUAAGCCGUGUAAAGUACCAACUACAGUCUGACAUUGUCUCGGCAGUGUCAGAGCCUGACUACUGCGAUGUGUACAUAGCACACUCCGACGCGGACGGACGGACAGAACUAGACGCGACUGCGACUGCCGCAACUGAUGAAGCAGUUGCAGUGAAACGGGAACUUGAAGACCGUGAAGAUGAUGAAGACGAGCUAGCCGCGGCCGAAACACAGGCUCCCACCGCGCACAUUAUUCAAAAGCGAGAUUCGUCGGGAGACUGCGAUCAAGCUUUGGUCGCUUCUUCGGUUCUCGCGACCAAUCACGGAAACGAAGAACAUCCAACUGAUACAGACGACGAGUUGGGUAUAUUGUCUUUCGAAAAUAAUACAAAUACUUUUGAAUAUUCAACGAAACCUCAGGACUCCGAACUAAAACCAAAGGAAACCUUUACAAAAAUAAGUGAUAAUAUCAAUAUUCGAACGACGAGGCGAAACGAACACAAUUCUCAGGAUAUAUCCGGUACACAGUUAGGAAACUAUAGUGACCAGAUACAGUAUAUCUGUGACGUUUGCCAAAAGAUAUUUCAACGGAAAAGUUCCUUAGUUACCCACAUUAGGGCGCACACUUACGCAAACACUUUCUCAUGUAAGUUAAGAAAGCGCAAAUUCAGUCAGAACAGUACUUCAUCGAGCCCCAGGAGGACUCACACUGGCGAGAAGCCUUUUGUUUGUAAGUUGUGCGAUUAUAAAUGUUCAGUUAACAGUAGUUUAGUGAGUCACAUGAGAACUCACACUGGCGAAAAGCCUUUUGUUUGUAAACUGUGCGAUUAUAAAUGUACAAUUAACAGCAGUUUAGUGAAACACAUGAGAACUCACACUGGCGAAAAGCCUUUCGCUUGUAAGUUCUGUAAAUAUAAAUGCACAGAAAGUGGUAGUUUAGUGAAACACAUGAGAACUCACACUGGCGAAAAGCCUUUUGUCUGUAAGUUGUGCGAUUAUAAAUGUACAGUUAACAGUAGUUUAGUGAUUCACAUGAGGACCCACAAUGGCGAAAAACCUUUUGUUUGUAAGUUGUGCGAUUAUAAAUGUACAAUUAACAGUAGUUUAGUGAGUCACAUGAGGACUCACACCGGCGAAAAACCUUUUGUUUGUAAGUUGUGCGAUUAUAAAUGUACAGUUAACAGUAGUUUAGUGAGUCACAUGAGGACUCACACCGGCGAAAAACCUUUUGUUUGUAAGUUGUGCGAUUAUAAAUGUACAGUUAACAGUAAUUUAGUAAGUCACAUGAGGAGACACACUAGCGAAAAGCCUUUUGUUUGUAUACUAUGUGAUUAUAAAUUUACAAUUAAGAGUCAUUUAGUGAGUCACAUGAGGACUCACACUGGCGAAAAGCCUUUUGUUUGUAAGUUGUGCGAUUAUAAAUGUACAGUUAACAGUAGUUUAGUGAGUCACAUGAGGACUCACACUGGCGAAAAGCCUUUCGCUUGUAAGUUUUGUAAAUAUAAAUGCACAGAAAGUGGUACUUUAGUGAAACACAUGAGGACU